AUACGCAUGAGUACUUGAGGAUACACUAUAAACAUGAGUACAUGAGGAUACACUAUAAACAUGAGUACUUGAGGAUACACUAUACACAUGAGUACAUGAGGAUACACUAUAAACAUGAAUACUUGAGGAUACCAAUAAUGUUUUAUUUUCUCUCUUUACCCCCCUCCUGUGGAAUUUAUUGUUAUCAUUCAAGUGGUGAUUAGUACAGGCGGGAGGCUAAAUAAAAAGAAGCUGGGGAUUAAGUAAAUUUUCACACAAAUUGUUUUCGCAUUUUAUAUGUAAUUCACAUGCUUCAAUAUUACUUUUCAUUAAAAAACUCAAUCCCCAUUCCUUAUGCAAUGUCGUCUGAGAACCUGACAAAGUCCAUGCUUAAUGCACAUAAUCUCGUUAUUCAGAGACUUGGAGAUGAAUGUAUGUCAAGGGUUUGUUUUUUGCUACCUUUCAAAUGUGGGAUCAUUAAAAGGGUUAGGUGGGGUAAAAUAGGUGUGGACCUGUUGAAGUGGGUACUCGAGGGUACUCGAGGGUACUUGAGGGUACUUGAAGAUUUUAAUUAUGGUGUGUCUAUGUUGUGAUGUAUACGCUUUAGAAAAUAUUUUUGUCUGAUCGAAUUUUUUUUAACAUAUGUUAUUUGUGCUUUUACGUAUUUAGAAAGCUAAGCUUGAGGGAAAGAUAUCUGGUGUUGAUAAAAUGGAUGUCGAUUCUGACGUAAAGGAAUACCAACCAUACUCUUUUUCUGAUGACACUGGCUCUAAUAACAGUGGUUUUUACCAGUUGCAAGCUGUUCUGACUCAUCAAGGACGAUCAUCGUCAUCUGGUCAUUAUGUGGCAUGGAUCAAAGGGAGUAACAACUCUUGGAUUAAGUGCGACGACGAUAAAAUAACACACAUCACUGAGGAAGAUGUUUUGAAAUUAUCCGGGGGAGGUGACUGGCAUUGUGCAUAUGUGUUGCUAUACGGGCCGAGAAGACUAGAAAUCAUUAAAGAAUCUUCGUGAUCACGUGAUCUUAAGAAGAAGUGGAUUUUGUACCUUUAAAGAAUGCGGUAUUGUGCCGAUAUGUCUAUGGGUUGAUAUCAUCUUAAAAUCUCCUGUUGAGUAAUUUGUUUCAAAUCAACACUGCAGUAUUUUCUUCAGUGUCAUCGAGACAGUUAAGUUUAUACGCUAGCCAAUUGACAAUUGUCAAAAAAAGAUUUGUACUUUAAAGAUUUGAUUAUUUGUACAUGGAGAAA